AUGAGUCGAAGCGAUGUAUGGAAGUUUUUUGACAAAAAAGACAAUAAGUCCGCAGUAUGUAAUAUAUGUCAAAAGACACUCAAAACAUCAGGUAACACUAGUAAUUUGAAUGGCCAUUUAAAAAAUGUACAUGGCAAUAUUUUUUCCGUAAAAGUGAAGCAAAAUAAUGCAAAAGCAAACACAAAAAUAUGUUCUGUGGAACGUACUGAAUCGGAAGAACAACAUGAAACCAACCCAGACGACCCAGGAGUGCCAGGACCAUCUACUUCUAAUACCAAUAUUGACGAAUCAACUGAAAACAGUGAUAAGGAAAUUAUGAAAAAUACGACCCAAAUUACAUUUAUGAGCUCAUUUAAAAGACAAAAAACAAUAAAUGAAUCGUUUGCAUUUUUAAGUUCUUUCAAAGAAGGCGGUCAAAAAUCUGAAAAAAUUACCCAUGCAAUAAUGUACAUGGUGUGCAAAGAUAAUCAACCACUUAGCAUUGUUGAAGAUAAAGGCUUUGUUCAUUUGAUGAACACAAGGAGUCAUAUUGGCAUUACCAUACAUUUUGUGGAGAACUAUACAGUAAAUUCAGGUCUGUUGGGCGUUUUCGAACUGGACGAAAGGCACACAUCUCAGUACAUUGCUUCCAAGUUACUAGAAGUGUGUGAUCAAUGGAAUAUAUCGACUAAUAGUAUAGUUGUUGUUACCACAGAUGGAGCAGCAAAUAUGAUAAAAGGCAUUGAGUCAGCAUUUGACAAAGAACGUUACAUUGUAUGUUUUGCUCAUACAUUAAAUCUCGUAGUUCAGCAUGCCAUAUCAAGUGUUCCUGAACUUACCACAUUAAUUUCUAAAGUUAAAAAUAUCGUCAGAUGGUUUAAGCAAAGCGUUGUUGCGAGUGACGACCUUAGAAAGGCGACUAAGGGUAAUGGAAAUGGAAAACUGCUUCAAGAAGUACCUACUCGCUGGAAUAGUACAUUUUAUAUGUUGGAGAGGUUUAUAUGUUUAAAACAAAUUGUUAAUGACAUUGUUCAUAGGCAUGUUUCUGCUCCAGAAAUGGUAUUGGCAAAAGAAAUACAAGAUAUAUCAGAUAUAAUCGAUAUAUUAAGACCAGUAGAAGCUGCUAAAAAGGAACUUUGUGCCCAAAAAUUUGUAACGACAAGUAUGGUGAUUCCAAUGGUGUAUAUACUGCAGAAAAAUGUUAGUGAAUUCAAACCAAAACAAGAAAUGGGACUUCAGCUAAAAGCUGCCAUUAUUUUACAAUGUGAUAAAUAUUUCAGUACAGUAGAAAGUUGUUCCCUUUUGGGUAUGGCAACUGUUUUGGACCCACGUUUUAAAAAACUUUAUUUUAAAGACCCCUCUGCAUUAUCUAAUAUGCUGAGGUACAUAUCUAACGAGAUCAAACAUACACAGACCAUGAGCUCCAGUGAAAGUUCAUCUGAUACAGACAACACAACAGUAGAAGAACCUCAGGCGUUCAAUUUGUGGCAAGAUCAUGCAAAAUUUGUUCAACAAUCCACCAGUCAUAAAUCCCAUAGAGGAAGAGGACAGUUACUGGUGGAUAGUGAAUUUCCCUCCGAAUUAAAUUUAUAUCUAAAAAGUAGCCAUGCCAGACUGUCGGAUGAUCCUUUACUUAUAUGGAAGGAUAUGUGCAAAGUUUAUCCAAUUCUAUCAAAGAUGGCAAUUAAAUAUCUAGUACCUGUUGCGACGUCUGUCCCCAGCGAAAGAUUAUUUUCUAAGGCAGGAUUAACUUUAAGCAAACAACGGAAUCGAUUAACAUCCAAUCAUCUAAAUCAACUCUUAUUUUUACAGUCUUUAGACGACACUCUAUGGUUAGUUUCAACAACUCAACCAAACAACUAA